CUUUACUUUGUCUGACAAGAAGAGGUAGAGAAGAUGUCUCAAUCAAUAUCCAGCCCAAAGGCAGAACAAGUUGUUAGUGUUGAUGUGAGCCAAGCCAAGGCUCUCCUCCAGUCUGGGCAUCAAUAUCUUGAUGUUAGGACUCAGGAAGAGUUUAAGAGAGGGCAUUGUCAGGCAACUAAGAUCGUCAACAUUCCCUACAUGGUCAACACACCUCAAGGAGGUAGAGGGAAGAAUCAAGACUUCUUGGAACAGGUCUCUUCUCUUCUCAACCCAGCUGAUGAUAUCCUUGUGGGUUGUCAGAGUGGAGCCAGAUCCUUAAAUGCCACAACUGAACUUCUUGCUGCAGGUUACAAGAAAGUGAGAAACGUGGGAGGUGGCUACAUGGCUUGGGUGGAUCAUAGCUUUCCAAUCAACAAGGAAGAGCCAUCAGCAAACUAAGAUUCUUUAUCAAAUAAUGACAGAGUGUGUGUGUGUACUGUGUGUGAUGUAAUCAAUCAAUUUCUACUUUAGAAUGUCCCAGUUUCUUGUUUGUUGUUAUUAAAACUUUAUGCCAAAAUCAAUAAAAAUUUGCUGUGUUUUAUCAAA